AUGUACCGGUCGCAAACUAUAUACUCUAUCCGACCACCUUUGGUGGACCAUGCAAAAAAUUUGGAAGGAAAUUUGAUUGCUUCUGCUAAUAUUAACAAAGUAGAGGAUGGGUCAUGGCUUAGGUUUGAGAAUGUUGAAGGGCUAGAGAUUAACAAAGUAGAGGAUGGGUCAGGGUUAGAGAUCAAUGGGGGGGUAUUGGAUGGGAAGGGAGCCCGCUAUUGGCUUUACAAGGAAGAUGAUGGAGAUUGCCCUGUGGGCUCAAAUGGGUAUUCUGAAUUAUCCUUUAGCGUUCAUUUUGCUGGAGGGGUUUUAAAUGGCUCACCUUCUCUAGUCUUCAACAAAUGCAAGAAUGUAAGUGUAAACAACCUCACGUCAAUGAGCAGCAAAAUGUUUCACAUUAUUUUUUAUGAGUCAGGAAGGGUUAGAAUUUAUGGUGUAAAGGUCAGAGCCCCUGCUAAUAGGCCUAAUACUGAUGGUAUUCAUGUGGAAGGAUCAAGUGAUGUCCUCAUAACAGAUGCAAAUAUACAUACUGGAGAUGAUUGUAUCUCAAUUAGACCAGGAACACAUGAUAUGUGGGUUGAGCAGAUGCCAACAUUUGGGAAAUUGCAGCUUGGGAGCCUUGGACAAUAUUUGGAUGAGCCAGCCGUGAGUAAAAAAUGUAGGUUUUUACGGGAUAACGAAUGGGUUAAGGAUAAAGACAGGCAAAAAGAUGCUAGCAAUCCAAGCAGGGAUAUUGAAUGGCAAGAUGUGGAUCUCAUUUACAAAGACCAUGAACUUUGA